AUGUUGAAGCAAAAAAUCUCACCCACCUUUCCUCUCCUCCUCCUCCGCCGUCUCUCCACCAUUUCCGACGCCGGAUUCACUCUCAAUCUCCCAAAACUCGAACCUUCAAAUGACGCCGAACUGAUCUCCCAAAUCCUCGUCACCAAUCACAACCCUUUCCACUUUAUGGAAUCAUCUCUGCAACUCCAAGGAAUCUCCCUCUCUCCUCACCUCAUCAACCAAACCCUCCUUCGUCUCCGUCACAAUUCCAAAAUCGCCCUCGCUUUCUUCCAGUAUCUACGAUCCUUACCCUCUCCUUCCACUUCAACAACACUCACCUCUUUCAACUUAAUCAUCGACAUCCUCGGAAAAGUUCGUCAGUUCGACGUCGUUAGGCAGCUAAUCGUGGAGAUGGAGCAGCAGGAAAACGUUAAACCUUCUCCGGAGACGUUUCUCAUCCUCAUCAAACGUUUAAUCGCCGCCGGACUCACGCGUCAAGCCGUACGAGCUUUUGAUGAUGCGCCUUGUUUCCUCGAGAGUCGUCUCGGUGUAGAAGAAUUCGGGUUUCUUCUCGAUACGCUCUGUAAAUACGGAUACACGAAAAUGGCUGUUGGGGUUUUCAAUGAACGGAAAGUUGAGUUUGGGUGUAAUGAGAAGACUUACACGAUUUUGAUUGCUGGUUGGUGUAAGCUCGGGAGGAUUGACAUGGCGGAGAGAUUCUUGGCGGAGAUGAUUGAAUCUGGGAUCGAACCAAACGUUGUCACGUAUAAUGUUUUGCUCAAUGGGAUUUGCCGGACGGCGAGUUUGCAUCCGGAGGAGAGGUUUGAGAGGAACGUGAGAAAUGCAGAGAAGGUGUUCGAUGAAAUGCAUCAGAGAGGGAUAGAGCCUGACGUCACGAGUUUCUCUAUUGUGCUUCAUAUGUAUAGUCGAGCUCAUAAAUCCGAGUUGACGUUGGAUAAGUUGAAGCUGAUGAAGGCGAAAGGGAUUAGCCCGACGAUGGAAACGUACACUUCGGUUGUGAAAUGUCUCUGUUCUUGUGGGAGAUUGGAGGAAGCAGAGGAGUUGCUUGAAACAAUGGUGGAAAAUGGGAUAAGCCCUUCGUCUGCGACAUACAAUUGUUUUUUCAAGGAAUACAAAGGAAGAAAAGAUGCUAAUGGGGCAAUGAAUCUUUAUAGGAAGAUGAAAAGUGGAUUGUGCAAGCCGGAUACGCAGACGUAUAAUGUUCUGUUGGGUACGUUUAUCAAUUUGGGGAAGAUGGAGACUGUGAAAGAGAUAUGGGAUGAUCUGAAAGCAAGCGAAACGGGUCCAGAUUUGGAUUCGUAUACUUCCUUAGUUCAUGGGUUGUGUAGCAAGGAGAAAUGGAAAGAGGCUUGUGGGUAUUUUGUUGAGAUGAUAGAGAAAGGUUUCUUGCCACAAAAGCUAACUUUUGAGACAUUGUAUAGAGGAUUAAUACAAUCUGAUAAGUUGAGGACUUGGAGGAGGUUGAAAAAGAAACUCGACGAGGAAUCUAUCACCUUUGGCUCUGAGUUUCAGAGAUACCCUUUUGAGCCCUACAAGAGAUGAUAUUGAAAGUUUUGUGUAACUGAAUUGGCGAUGAAGCAUUAUGCGCAAAUCAGCUAUGGCCAAAUGUGAGGCAAUGAAGCUUAGGCCAUGAUCUUCACCUAAGAGAUUGAUUCUCAGCUGCUGAAAGCUAGGAAGGAAGAUCCAAGACUCCAUUAACUCAUCGUUAUCAUGACAGCUUUGAAUGAUCUGUACUUGUGGUGAAUACUGUAACUUCGUCGUUUGAGACUCAAAUUUUC